ACGAGACACAGACACAGAUAUCCAGAGUCUCUUACAUUGUGCUCUGCUCCUACAACACCUCUUUCCUUUCAGAAUCAUGAAGGUUUCUGUGGCUACUCUCUCCAUCCUCAUGGUCAUGGCCUUCAGCAAUCUGGCAUCUUCUGCACCAUUGGGCUCUGACCCUCCCACCUCCUGCUGCUUCUCCUAUGUCAGCCAACAGAUCCACCGAAAAUUUGUGAUAGACUAUUAUGAGACCAGCAGCCUGUGUUCCCAGCCAGCUGUGGUGUUCCAGACCAAAAGAGGGCGUGAAGUAUGUGCCAAUCCCAGUGAUGCCUGGGUUCAGACCUAUAUGGAGGAACUGGAGAUGAACUGAGGGGCUUAGGGCCUUGGUCAAUGAACUUUAAAAAGAUAUGGACCAAGCUAAUUCCACAGUCAUAAGAUUUCUCCCUUAUUAUAAUUCUUUUUUAUCUGUGAGAUUUAUGUAAAUGUAUGUAAAUAGUAUAAAUUAUUUGGUGGUAGCUCUGGGUAUUUUUCAUAUUCUUUGCACUUCUGGAAGACAUCUGUCCCCUGUGGGGACCUUCAUUAACAGCCUAGUCUCUCUUUCUUAAAAUUCUUUGGGUCACCUGAUGGAUUCAAUGAAUGUCUAAUGGACAAAAAUUUCAUAAUAAAAUUUAAAA